AUGUGGGUCCGAGUGCAUUUGGGUUUUUGUCUGGUGUUUUGUUGCCUUCCUCUGCUGUGCAGUGCCUGUCCUGCACAUUGUAGCUGCUUUCACCAUAAACUCAGUGACGGAUCCAAGGCACGAAGCAUUCUGUGUAGUGAUCCUGCGCUCACCCUUAUCCCUACCAACUUUCCCUUGGACACUUUCAAACUCCGUAUCGAGAAAACUGCCAUCACUAGCAUCUCCAGCAAAACUUUUGAUUGCUUCAGCAGUCUCCAGUUCCUCUCGAUGUCCUUCAACUCCCUCUCCAUACUGUAUGUGGACAGCUUCCAUGGCCUCCACACUCUGGAUGAGCUUCGGCUUGAUGGCAAUAUCCUCACAUCAUUCCCAUGGAAGUGUUUGACAGAUAUGCCUAGCCUAAGGCUCCUGGAUUUGCACAAUAAUAAGAUCACAAGUAUCCCAGCAGAGGCAGCAGGCUACAUUAAAAACCUGACCUACCUGGAUCUGUCCAGUAACAGCCUGGCUGCAGUGCCUCCAGAGGUACUCACUGUGUGGUUCUCUCCAAAGCUGCCUCUGGACACUGGAAAUUCCAAAAUGAUUCUGGGCCUGCAUGACAAUCCAUGGCAAUGCGACUGUCGCCUGUUUGACCUAGUGCAGUUCCAGAAGUCUCCAUCAUCAUCCGUUGCUUUCAUUGACAUGCGUCUACGUUGUUCAGAACCUGAGAGCCUUUCUGGUGUCCUCUUCUCUGAGACUGAGCUGAGGAGGUGCCAGGCUCCACGUGUGCACACAGCCGUGGCACAGGUACGCAGCUCUUUGGGCAACAAUGUCCUCCUGCGCUGUGGCACUAUAGGGGUGCCUGCCCCUGAGAUCUCUUGGAUACGGGUUGAUGGAAAGCCAAUGAAUGGAACUGUCCAGCAGGAUAUUUCAAAGGAAGGCAUUAUGUGGUCCAUCCUCAGUGUCCCCGCUGUGUCAUACCAUGAUUCAGGCAAAUAUGUCUGUAAGGCCACCAACUUUGUUGGGAGUGCCGAUGCCACCAUCUCCCUCAUUAUCUCAGACACAUGGGAGAUAGACAAGACUGGGGUGAAGAGAAACUAUGCCAAGAAGACUGGUAUAUCUGGAUGGACAGCAUAUCAGGAGAAACACAUCAGCCAAUAUGUUCCCUUAAACCCCACAUCAGCUGCCAUCCCCAUCAGUGAGUCCUUCAGUAGCCUCGGAUCCACAGCACCCUUUAAGAUGGAGAGCUAUAGCAACUCUGAUGACGUUUUAGAUAGAAAACCUACAGCCCCUUCUGAGUCCAACACAGGAACAGCCAGCCAUUUAAUGGAGAAAGAAGCACUGAGCAAUCUGGCAGGAAAUACCUCUUCUCUGCAGCAAGGCUCAGAUGAUAGAGUGGUACGUUCCAUUAAAGUGAUCGGUGACACCGAUCACACGGUGUCGCUAAACUGGCGUGCACCAGCCGCAACCAACACCACCUCCUUCAGUGUUCUGUAUGCUGUGUUUGGGGAGCGAGACAUGCGACGAAUAAACGUGGGGCCUGGCAAGAACCGGGUCUCAAUCAGUGGGUUGGUGCCUAAGACCAAGUACAUCGCCUGCGUGUGUGUGAAAGGCCUGAUUCCGAAAAAGGAGCAGUGUGUCAUCUUCUCCACGGAUGAGGCAGCCAGCACGAGUGGAACCCAGAAGCUGAUCAAUGUGGUGGUCAUCACAGUCGCGUGUGUGAUCGCUGUGCCUCUCACCCUGAUUGUCUGCUGUGGAGCUUUGAAGAGGCGACUCCAGAAACUCUUGGGAAGAAAGUCGAAGGACAUCCAGGAGUCAUAUGUGACCUUUGAGACACUCUCACCUGGCACCAAGGCCAAAGGGCGGGAGGGAGAGUACCUCAGCCACCUCAAUCAGGACGAGUCGAAUCGACUGUUGUCUGCACGGUCCAGUGUGGACUCAGAGGCCACAACCAGGACUGAGGGACAGCCUAAUGAAUACUUCUGCUAA